AUGCCUCCUAUUGAAGGAGAACUUCUCAUCCUAUACCUCACGGUCUUGGAAGAUUCCAUGGGAUGUAUGCUGGGACAGUUAAACAAGACUGGUAAUCAAGAAAGUGCUAUCUAUUACUUGAGCAAGAAGUUUACCAAUUACGAAGCUCGGUAUUCUCCUUUGGAGAAAACAUGUUGCGCCUUAGUGUGGGCCACCCAGCGGCUAAGACAGUACAUGCUGAGACAUACCACCCAGUUAAUAUCCAAAAUGGAUCCUAUCAAGUACCUACUUGAAAAGUCUAUUUUGGUUGGGAGAAUUGCCAGAUGGCAGGUUUUGCUAUCAGAAUAUGAUAUUGUGUAUGUCCUGCAAAAGGAAAUCAAAGGUAGUGUCCUGGCCGACCACUUAGCAAGUGGACCAACCAAGGACGAACACAUGGUCAAGGAGGAGUUCCCUGAUGAAGAAAUAUUGACCUUGAAGGAUGAGCCAAAAAAGAAAAAUCAAAAUGAAUCCUGGUCGAUGUUCUUCGAUGGGGCCUCCAAUAUAAUGGGGCACGGAAUAAGAGCCAUACUGAUGUCGUCCCAAGGAAAACAUAUCCCGAUGACGGCAAGGUUGGACUUUGAAUGCACCAACAAUAUGGCUGAAUACGAAGCUUGUAUAUUGGGUCUACAAGUUGCGCUUGAUAACAAAGUCACCAAACUAGAAGUCUACGGUGACUCAGCUUUGGUGAUAUAUCAGCUAUGGGAUGAAUGGGAAACGAAGGACCACAAAUUAAUCCCCUAUCAAGCAUAUGUUCAGGAUAUGAUGUCCCAAUUUGAAUCCAUUAACUUCGAGCAUACCCCGAGAGAAGGGAAUCAGUUAGCAGUGUAG